UGCGUGCGGCAGGUGGAGCGGCUGCAGGAGCUGCGCCAGAAGCGGCGGCGGCAGCAGCGGGAGCUGCGGGAGCAGCGGGCCCAGCAGGCGGCCGGCUCGCCGCACCCCAGCUACGACGUGAUCUGCAUGAUCCAGGAGUACCGGGGCCGCCUGCACGGCGGGGCGCUGGGCGGCCCCGAGCCCGGCCCCCAGCACCGGAUCCGCGUCUGCGUUCGCAAGCGGCCGCUCAACCCGCGGGAGGCCGGGCUGCAGGACUUCGACGUGGUGACCGUCCCCUGCUGGGGCGUGGUGGUGGUGCACGAGGCCCGGCAGAGGCUGGACCUGAGCCGCUACCUGGAGAGCCAGACCUUCCGCUUCGACCACGCCUUCGACGAGAGCGCCCCUAACGAGCUGGUGUACAGGCACACGGCCCAGCCGCUGGUGGAGAGCGUCUUCCGCGGGGGCAUGGCCACCUGCUUCGCCUACGGCCAGACAGGGAGCGGCAAGACAUACACCAUGGUGGGAGACCUCUCGGCCAAGGGCCAGGGCUGCCCCAAGGGCAUCUACACCCUGGUAGCCCAGGAUGUCUUCUGCUGGGUUCGGGAGCCCAGCUACCAGCAACUGGAGCUCCAGGUCUACGGGGCUUUCUUUGAGAUCUAUGGGGGCAAGGUGUACGACCUGCUCAACUGGAGGAAUAGGCUGAAGGUGCUGGAAGAUGGCAAGCAGCAGAUCCAGGUGGUGGGGCUGCAGGAGGAGGAGGUCAGCUGUGUGGAGGAUGUCAUGAAGCUCAUUGAGAUGGGCAACAGGUGCAGGACGUCAGGCCAGACCUCUGCCAACACCCACUCCUCCCGCAGCCAUGCCAUCUUCCAGAUCAUCCUCCGGAAGAGAGGGAAGCUGCACGGCAAGUUUUCCCUAAUUGACUUGGCUGGGAAUGAGAGAGGAGCCGACACUGGCAGUGCGGACAGGCGGACGAGGCUGGAAGGGGCUGAGAUUAACAAGAGUCUCCUGGCACUCAAGGAAUGCAUCAGGGCCCUUGGGCGCAACAAAGCCCAUACCCCAUUCAGGGCUAGCAAACUCACCCAGGUUUUAAGGGACUCGUUCAUUGGGGAGAACUCAUGCACGUGCAUGAUCGCCACCAUCUCUCCAGGGAUGAGAUCCUGCGAGCACACUCUCAAUACUCUAAGGUAUGCCAACAGGGUGAAGGAACUGACUGUAGAUCCUAAUUCUCUUGGACAGUUACAUCCAGUUAUCACUCAGUUUCCAUAUCAGCUGGAUGACCUGAAGAAACCAUGGACUGUACAGAGCUUGCCUGAAACGGAUGAGUUCAAAGUAUUUUGUGUACAGAAAGAGGAGGAAGUCUCUCCUCAGUUGUUUACUUUCAAUGCCAGAGAGAAAGCCCAGAAGAAAAGAAAAGAGUUGGAUGAGAAAGCACUUAUAGAUGAGCACCAGGAGUCUCUUCGGUGGUUGAAAGUGUUCCUGGAAGUGGCUGAAGAAAUAGAUUAUGAUGUGGAUUUUUAUGCUGCACAGUUUGAAGCAGUCCUGGGGCAAAAGAUUGGCAUUCUGACUGAGAUCCAAGAUAAAGUGAAAUCAUUCCGGUCAAUCCUGCAUAAGGAACAACAUGGCGGCAACCAGAUCAGUGUGAAGAGAUCCCGUGUUCUGUAA